CAAUGGCAGAUGUUUUAUAAAGAGUUGUGAGUCGGCCGUUGUACCGACAUUUCAUAACAAUCAAGGGAAACAGACGGACAGAUACCACAAACGUUUGUCAUGAUCCUAAGCUUACAAUGAGGAGCCUCACAAAAAUCCUACCGAUCUUCGCCAUACUGUUUCAUGGUCACAACGCGGAAAAAUGUGAGAGGAUUAAAAUAGGCAACGAUUUCUACAAGCGCCAGCUCAUAGCUACCAUCGAUGGCUAUCCUACGGGCAUGGUCAUAGACCCCAGAACCGACCACAUAUUCUUCAUUCUCCAUAAACGAAAUUACACUAAAGGCAUACACUUGUUGAAGCAUGGGUCUCUAGGUAUCAAAGAGCUGCCAGUAUCUGAUGAGCUCAUUGGACAAUGCGUUGCCAUAGAUACGGCUAACAACAUGAUCUACAUAGGCACCAACCAAGGACUCGUUACCUACGAUUAUUCCAGAACAGAAAUAACAGCUGAACGUCCCAUAGGAGACGAUGAUGUAAGAAGUAUUUUCAUUGAUAAAGUAGACAAUCAGAUGUACAUAGCCACAGGAUCGAAUCACGAGAUAUUUAGAUUUAUGAACGGUUCAGCUGCUGUCAAAAGAUAUGAGAAAAUCCCGAAAGCUUACAGCUUCAUUCUGGACAGUAAAGGCAACGCAUUUUACGAGUAUAUCGAUGGAAGAUUGUACUUCUUUUCUGUGGACUUGUAUGAACCGAUUCAAUAUAAAGGAUUCACAAGGGAACUCAAAUAUAUUUUGCAGUUGAAUAAUAACGAUGAGGCGAUCGUAGCAGUGAAGGGGUCGUUGUUCAGAUUGUUCACAAAGAGUAUCUUGCCGGUGAAAAUUGGGCAGUUAGGUUUCAAAAUCACAGGGUUGGCGUUUGACCAGAAGAAUAACAUUAUUAUUGGUACUAAAGGAAAGAUUUAUAGAUACAAACCUAUUGAUACAAACGAUCCUUGCCCUGCUGACGACUAUUUCAUGUCAAGCAUUUAGUAGUUUGUUUUUAUUAUCAGACAUUUUUAGUUGCUCGAAGAUAGUUUGUUAAAUUGGAGAGAUGUCAUUUUUAUUCAAAAUUGGCCUUUUUUUGUUUUAGUUAGUGAUUUUUUUUUGUUAUUUUUUAUAUCGUCCUAGAGUUUGAGCAACUAAAUUUGUUCGUCGAGAACGUCAUGAUUUAAAAAGUAGACUGGAUCUUUUAGUUUCGGAACUUAAAGCGUCAUUAAGUAAUAAUAUUUUUUUAUUUAUUAAGAAUACAAUAGAAAAGAAAUGCAAAAAGAAGUCCAGUUUACAAAAAACUAAUUUAUUAGCAUAUUGGCUGGAGAUUGAAACCAAAAAAUAUUGGCAGAGAAUAAAUUAAGUCUAAAACCUAAGUUUUUUACUAUAGUACCAAAAUAAAAACUGGAUUACAAUUCUGUAAACUUUUUGAAUGAUGACGUCGCUGCCAAUAGUAGUUACCAAUCAGAGACCAUGCAUUUUACCCGACUAUAAAGUUUUUAUUAUUUAAUUUUUAUCCUCUUUAGAUAUAAGGUUUUUGUCUCAUACUUUUAUACAUUUGGCUUGUUAGACCAUUUUUUAUUGUUUUCUACAAAAACCUUGAAUUAAAAAGCAAAAAUGAAAAAAAUAUCUUGUAAUGUAAAAACGUUAAUUUCUUUACUUGAAAUGUGAUUUUAUUUUAAUUUCACUUAUUCCUGUAAAUUAAUA